GCGGACGGACGGGCGGACGGACGGGGCGGGCGGUCCGGGCUUUGGGAAGCGAUCGUACCGUGGCCGCCGCGUCGGCCGGUUUCUCAACAACAACAACAACAACAACAACAGCAACGGCGGCGGCGGCGGCAUGUGUCGCACCGACGAAGGUAACGGACGACGGUCAACUCCGCACCUGAGCUGAGCUCGACGACGACCGGGAGGUCGAGGUGGAGUCCCCGGAGAUUAUGCCCGGAGCUGCUGCUGCUGCUGCGGAGAAAAGUUCACCCGAAGUAGGGACCCGGUUCCACCGGCGGAGCUAAGAUGUGUCCUCUGUGACCGCCUCGUUCACGUUGGCGCUCGUCGCGCGAGAUGACAUAAAAUGGACAGAUUUCCCAAUGGAGUCUGGUGGAGAUGAACUGAGAUUCGUUGCCCCCUACAUCAUCAUCAUCAUCAUCAUCAUCAUCAUCUUCUGACAUUGCUGUUGCCAUAACACUCCGUGUCAUUCUGACGCAGUGCCCAGGCGGAGCGCAGCGGCUGCGAUGUCAACAACGUCCUCAGCAUCCCGGUGCCAAUGCGGCGCGGCGGCUCUGAGUCCAACCUGGACGUGGUGGACAGCGUCGGGGACGACGGCGUGGGCCUGGACUUCACCAAGGGAGCGCUGGGCAUCGACAGCCUGCAGCAGAAGAUCCUCAAGGUAACGGAGCAGAUGAAGGUGGAGCAGGCGGCCCGGGACCAGAACGUGGCGGAGUACCUGAAGCUGGUGAACAACGCCGACAAGCAGCAGGUGUCGCGCAUCCGCCAGGUGUUCGAGAAGAAGAACCAGAAGUCGGCGCACAGCAUCGCGCAGCUGCAGAGGAAGCUGGAGCAGUACCACCGCCGCGUGAAGGACGGCGAGACCAACGGCAAGCAUGGCCCGAAGGACGGCGGCAAGGAGUCCGGGACCCACAGCAAGGAGGGGAGCCUGCGGGACGUCAGCGCCACGGGACGGCACCCGACGCUGGACAAGGUGAAGACGAUCGGCCCCGGCGUGUCGCUCUCGCCGCCGUUCUUCUUCAACAAGUCACGGGAGUUCGCCAACCUCAUCCGCAACAAGUUUGGCAGCGCCGACAACAUCGCCCACCUCAAGAGCUCCAUGGAGGCGGGCUCGGGGCUGCAGGUGGACGCCGGGGCGAGGGGCCUGAGCGGCAGCGCCACCACGGUGGCCAAGGGGAGCAAGUACCAGAGCGACGACGAGUGCUCGACGGGCACGUCGGCGUCCGCCGACUCCAACGGGAACCCGGGAACCGGGGGCUCGGGGGCGGGCUCCGGGGGUCCCGGGCGGUCAGACUCAAACGGGCGCCUGGGGGAGGUGCUGGACAUGGUGCGGGAGAUCAGGGAGUCUCAGGUGCAGCUGGCGGACGACAUGGAGGCGAUGAACACGCAGUUCAAACGGGACUACAGCUACUUCACACAGGUGCUGCAGGAGGAACGAUACAGGUAUGAGCGGCUGGAGGACCAGCUGAACGACCUGACGGAGCUGCACCAGCACGAGACCAGUAACCUGAAGCAGGAGCUGGCAAGCAUCGAGGAGAAGGUGGCGUACCAGGCCUACGAGAGGGCCAGGGACAUACAGGAGGUGCUGGAGUCGUGUCAGACGCGCGUGUCGAAGCUGGAGCUGCAGCAGCAGCAGCAGCAGCAGACGGUGCAGCUGGAGCACACCGACGCCAAGGUGCUGCUGGGCAAGUGCAUCAACAUCAUGCUGGCCAUCGUCACGGUGAUCCUGGUGUGCGUCUCCACGGCGGCCAAGUUCGCCGCGCCGCUGCUGCGCAGCCGCCUCCACCUGGCGCUCACCUGCGUGGCCGUGUCCCUGCUGGCGCUGCUGUGGAGGAACUGGGAACACUUGCAGUGCGCGCUGGAGCGAGUGCUCCUGCCGCACUGAUCGUGAAAAAACGGUGGACAAGCAAGCCUUUUUAUCCGAGAAAAAAAAAGACGGGGGUCUCCUGGAGGCGGGUUGUCACGGUAACACAGGCACUGGGGGAGGAGUUUACAAUAUGUAGCCUUACACAAGCCAUAUAGCUCCCCAGUUGAUAUUUUUCGGGGCUCCGCGGUGACUUGAUUUUACGGCUCCGUGCUCUGCAUGCUCUGACCCGAGUCGGUUAUUCCACACAACAACAACACACAGAUGUAAGCUGAUUAUGAAUUAUGACAACUGAAGCAGAAGUGCUUGACCGCGGAACGGCAGAGGUGCAAACGUACACACACACACACACGCCGCGACAGUGAAUCACUACAUUCGGACUCUAUUGGGAGAAAUAAGCUGCAGUUGGAUCGGAUGUGCGAGUCGAGACACUAAAAGACUAAAUAUAAAACGCGUGGGCUUUUAUUUUGGUUGGCGGAGGAGACGAUUAUGUCCAGUCCUUUAUGGGAAGUGCACUUGUCACGGCACCACCUCACCCCGCUCACUGCUGAACAAACGCCGGCUCCCUGUCGCAUCCAAGCGGAUCAGUUGUGAAGUCGCACAGGAGGCUGAACUCGUUACACCAGCCAGAUAACACAGAGACGCGUCCGCCUCAAGGUUGGGUUACACCCAGUGUGUGUGUGUGUGUGUGUGAUUGUGUCACUGUCCUGCACGUCGAAGCCUGGGAUACACGUUGUUUUAAACUGUGGUUGUGUUUUUUGUCUGUCUGCUUGUGUGUCCCCGUUUUUUUGGGGGAAUACGAUCGAGUGGAUUGAGCAGCGUGAGAAGCCGGAGCAAGGAGACGAUUGGUUCAGCUCAGUGGCAACAAAGGAAAUGGCGAUUCAGGCGGCUCUGACUGAGGAAAACAAAAUCCACCUGCCUGCACCUGUAGAGGAGAAUGAAACAAAGUGUUCUGUGACUCAGCGGGUUCCUUUCAUCUGUCUUUCUGAAAAGGUUUCCAUAAUCCAAGACAACUUGAUGAACUGAAAUCCCACAUUCAUAAAACUCUCUUCUGAAGUCUUUUUUUCUCUCUACUUUCCAGUUCAAAUAUCCGUCACCUGAAACCUUUGUCUCUGUGCUGCUUCUGUUACGGACACGUCUGUCGUCUUCUGUCGAGCCGUGACGUUAUAAACCCUUUGAGCGUUACAUUCUUCCGAGACCUUAUCUGCGUUGUAUUAAUAAACAACGACAUUAAUUAAUUUUUUUUAAAUGCCGUCCUUAUCUAAACAUAGACAGAGUAAGCGACAUGAGAAACUGUUGAGAAUGACUCGGGAGGUUUAGUUUGAAACGUCAGAGUUUUUUCUUUCUUCUGGAGCAGAAUGUGGAAGUUCUGGUUUCCUCCUUUUUUCGAUCUGUACGAAAACCAAAACUGACCAAAAAAAAGGUGCUGGUUGGUGGAUUUUGUGACCCAUUGACUUCCAGUAACGAGGCUUAUUUUAUUUUCGCAAAUCUCAAACCAUAACUUUAGAGGAAAGCUUGUGAGCGGCCUCCUGUCAUGUUAUUUUUUCCUUCGUGUAAAAUCUGUUUGACGUUCUUCAGGUUAACAGUUGCUGAGAGAAAGAUCCCGUACGUUGACUUGCUGUACUCAUUUCCAAAGACUGCAGCUUAAGCACGGACCAGCUAGCAAUGUACUGUACUGUAAACUGUGAGGAAGAACCUACUGUACCUGAAUCCUGCUCUCAGUGCAGAGAGCAUCACUAACUUUUACACACAGUGGGAGAAGAGAAGCAGAGUCCGUCUGUGACUCCAAAUCCUGAUUUUAUUAAACUUCCUUUUUUUUCAACGAGGUUGAACAGAACAAAGUAACUUCUGUGUGAAAGUCUUUGUUGUUGUUGUGCUGCGUUCAUGUCUGCUGGGAGUAAUCAAAGUGACUCGAUAGAGAUGAGGUUUGAAAGGAGCUCAGAAAAGAAACCUGUAAUCAUGUUUUAACACGUGUGAAUCAUUAAAAGACUUAAUGGAUAAAUCCGGUUCCAGUGAUCUGUCCCUGAGCGAUAAUUUAAGUAUCAUAGUGACCGUUUUUUCCCGUGGGACAUGAAUGCAGCAUUACAGACUGAACUGAGGGAAGUGGAACAAUGUAGCUCGACGCUCCCGGACCCCUGCAUCACUGUGAUGAUGAUGAUGAUGAUGAUGAUGAUGAGGGGGUUGAAAUGGGACUGAUGCCUUUUCAAUGCAGCUCAUUUCGUCAACUGUGUGAAAACUCUCUCUUCUGUUCAUGUACCUUCAGAAAUUAAAUUUUAAAAAAGCCAAAUAUGGAGAUUUUCAAAGGCACAUUAGCCUUUUUUAAAAUUGGCCCUAACACUAUUUCUGUCUGCUCUUUGUGAGAGACGUGCACCUUCUCCGCAAAAGCUGUAUUUGUAUGUCCGUAAUGUGUAUUUUUCACAUUUCCGUCUCUUCUAUAUGUGCAUUAGUUUGUAGUUAUGACAUUAUUUGUUCAUUUGUUUUUUCAGAUGAAAUAAAUAUUUGUUUUUUCCAAGA